UCCGUUAAGAAGAUUGACAACGCAACACUGUCCUUACAAGAGGAAGGUAAUUUUCUUGAAGCUAUUUCGAAUAUGUCACGCUUGCGGCGUCCAAAUGUUGUUACACUGGCUGGACAUUGUGCAGAACAUGGCCAACGACUUCUAGUUUAUGAACAUAUUGGAAAUGGAAAUUUACAUGGCCAACGACUUCUAGUUUAUGAACAUAUUGGAAAUGGAAAUUUGCACGACAUGCUCCAUUUUGCUGAAGAUAGCAGUAAAGCUUUACCUUGGAAUGCCUGUUUGCGGAUAGCUCUUGGCAGUGGCACAGCCCGGGCCUUAGAGAAAAGAAGAAGCAGUUAUUUUGCCUAGCUAAGUGAUUGUAUUUGAGAGUUCGGCGCUUUUGGUUCGUGAAGUGUGGAUACUACUUGGUCCUGUUUUGUUGUCCUUAUAUUUUUAGAUGUUUUGUUUAGAGAAAAGGAUGGUUUGCUUUAGGAUUGAAGUACUCUUAGUUGGAAUUAAUGCAUGCAUAUACAAAUUUGGCUAUGCAAAUGCCCUCCUUUUUUAGUACAUUAAAAUAUUAUGAUAUUUGUAAACAAGUGGAUUUGUGUACAGCAAAAAAAUAA